UUCUCUUGAGUUGGAGCAUUGUUCUCUGCAAGUUCUGGAUCCUGAGGGAAGUCCCAGCUGGAGUCUCCUUCAGCUAAUGGGAGAAAGAGGCUGUACUGUUUCAGAGCUGACAGAAUUGCUGCAGUCCCUGCAACAUACCGAGGCACUUCAGUUGCUCAAUCCAAGUAUAAAGAUCAUUGUAGAACCAGAAUCCCAAGCUAUUUUAUCUGGCCAGAUGGUGAAACUAAGCUGCUGGGCAACAGGAUAUCCUCUCCUAUAUUAUCAAUGGUUUAAAGAGAAAAAAAUGAUUCCAAAUGGGAAUUCCCCAGAACUGAUAUUCAAUCAAGUGACUGCAGAAGAUGCAGGAUUAUACAUAUGUCGAGUGAACAAUGAUUCUUCCUAUGAAUUCAGCCACUGGGCACAGCUGGAUGUUUGCGAUAGCCAAAGAGAUUCUGAUGGAAGCUACCUCGAGUGGCCUGAAAAGAAAAUACACAUCUGCCUGCACCCGCAAUCUCAAAAGUUGAUGGCUGGAGAAAGGUUAAUUCUUCAGUGUGAAGCCACAGGAAAUCCUAUGCCACAGUACCAGUGGUACAAGGAGGAAUUCCCACUUCCUAAUGGAGAGAAAAAGGCCUAUGUGGUAUCCUGCGUAGACAUUGAACAUCAAGGGACAUAUUGGUGUCGAGUAUACAAUAAUCAACAAAAUGAAGAAAGCAGAAAAGUGAAAGUAACUAUAGGUGGAAAAUCUAUUGCAGUAGAAUGCACGGAAGAGGAAGUAAAUAACCUUGCAAGACCUG